GAGGGGGGCGCGGAGGGGGCAGCCAGGUGCAGCCAGGGGCGGCGCGCGGAGGGGGCGGCCAGGCGCGGCCAGGGGCGGCGCACGGAGGCGCGGCGCGCGGAGGGGGGUUACCAGGCGGCGCUCUACCUCGAGGCGCUAUCGCGCUUUGUGCUAUCCAUGCACGACCCCAAGGUGCUCCGCCGCUUUGACCAGUGCCGUCCCUCGCCCGGUAGCUAGUCCCCCUUCUUGCUCCCCAGGAUAAUAUAAUUGACAGGAUGGAUCCAAACUCAACUUAUUUGUUGGAAAUUAAGCUUCUUGGCAAUCCAAAAAAGUCAGAAAGGAUGUCCGUUGUUUUUGCUUUGAUAAGGUUGUUGACAGUGAUACAACAAAUUUGAAAGACUUGGUCGAUGAGAUCACAGAUAUGUAUCCACCAGGUUAUCUAGAAGUAGCACAUGUUCAGUACUACGAUGCAGAUUUAAAAAGCUUCCCAGUAGUUAAUACCGACCAAGAGUUGAUGUUAAUGUUUCAGAAACAUAUUGACAGCAAGGUUGUGCACAUGUUCAUUGCAUACAGUGAUCCAUCAGGAUGCUAUGAGCCUAUCAUUGAGUGGGAGGGUUAUCCUAGUAAUAGCAAACAAUUUUCUGAGCCAACCAUACCUAGCAUGUGCCUCUAGAGAACCAUGUGGACAUGUAUUACUCAGUUGAAAAAUUUAGAUUAGCUUAUGCUCAACUAAUCCCAGCUAUGGAGGACAAGUCACAUUGGCCUCAAUCUUGCCAUGGGUUUUUCAUGCAUCCACCUUUGUUAAAGGCCACAGCUGGUAGGAGAAAGACAGAAAGAUACAAAGGUUGUACGGAGAAGAUAAAGAAAGGACAGCACAAAUAUCCUAUCUGUAAAGAUUAUGGGCAUCACUGGCCAAGUUGCAAGAAGGGCAACCCAGAGGAUAUUGCAGCACUGCUGGCUGUGAGAGGACCACCAAAGAAGAAGAGAAAGACUACCAAGGUAUCAACUGAGGAAAGUACAGUACUUUUUGAUGGUGAAGCACCAGCAUCCUCUAUGACUUUUCCACCAAGCCAAAGUGUGCAACCUACAACUAAGAAAAAAAUUAGAAAAGGCACAUUAGAUUCUGGAGACUCAAUCAGAUCCAAGUCAGCAGGUAGUGCAGGUAGUACAGACCAGCCUGAGCCCAUUAGCUCUGAGUUUCCCAUGGCUAGGGAAAAUCCACUUGUUGCAGCUAAAGAAAAAGGGAACAAGCUAGCUAACAAGGCUAAACAAAAGGGAAAGCUCAUGAAGCCCAAAUCCAAGAAGCAAACUGAAGACAAAGGAAAGAAGAACGAUGUGUCAUUUGAAAGCCCUGCAAUGGCCACAAGAAGCAAAAAAGUUGAUUCUUGCAGCCCUGCAAUGAGCACAAGAAGCAAAAGACAGCUCAAUUUGUGAUUUACCAUAUUCUGAGCUUGUUGAACUCGUUUUGUGGAGCUGUAUGUUGAACUCGUUUUGUGGAGCUGUAUGUUGAACUCGUUUUGUGGAGCUGUAUGUUAAACUCAUUUUGUGGAACUGUAUGUAAAAUUGGCUAAACAUUCACUGCAAUGUUCAUCUUGCUUAA